UCAAAACGUCAAAAACUGAAAAUACAAAAUACCUACGAAACUUUGUUUCUCUGUCUACGGUUGUUUUGUUCUAUUUUAUCAAUAUAAUUAUCUAAAAUAAUGUUAUAGGCUACAAUAAACUAUAAUUCUAAAAGAAUAUGACCACGUAAAGGGAUAUUAUAUCCUACAAUAAUGCUUAAAUAUAGAUUAUUAAACUUAAAAAGAGUAACAGAUAAUUGCGGUCUAAUAAAUCCAGUGGCGCAAAAUUUAAAUAGUUUUCGAUUGUGCACUAACACAGCCGAUACUGAUGAUGAAAAAGAGAAAGAAAUUGAGAGAAUCAAAAGCAACGCAUCACUAGACGAGCCCCCCUCUGCGUGCUGCCAAUCUGGUUGUGCGAACUGUGUGUUCAUUGUAUGGGCGGAGGCAUUAACACAGAAAAUGGAGAACGCAGGCCCAGAGAUAGCAGAGAAGAUAUUGAAAAUGGUGGAUGAUCCAUCCAUGAGGGCGUAUUUGGAAUUAGAGCUUAGGAUGCGAGGUCUGAAGAAGUAAUGUAAGAAAAGUAAAGUUACUUUUGUACAUAAUAAAUUGAAAACCUAUGUUCCUUUUGGGUAUGGCAAAAUAAUUUAACCCAUUGAUGUUUUAUCCUCAACUAGCGGUCUGCCCCGGCUUCGCCCGUGGUUCCUUAUUUACGUUAGUUUUCUCAACAUAAGAACUAUCCUCAUUCCUCUUAGUUCAAGGAAUAUAAUAAAAAAAGAAUUAUCUAAAUCUGUCCACUCGUUCAUGUGUGAUGCCGUGACCAAGGAAAAUGGGUUUCAUUUAUAUAUUAUACUAUAGAUGGUUAUCCAUUGCAGAUUCUAAUUUUAGAUCUUAUUUCAAAGAGAUUAUUAGUUAAAUUUCUGUCAAAUUUAACCCAUUGAGCACCAAGCUGCCCAAUUGGUCCAAGACACAAUAGAUUUUCUAUUGUGUUUGUGAUUCCGGGGCCUGAGUUAGAGUGU